UCCCGCUGUCCCCACGCUCCCGGUGUCCCCGCUGCUGACGCCUCUCUCCGUUCCCGGCACAGCCAUGGAGGUGCAGUCGUACUACACCAAACUGCUGGGGGAGCUGAACGAGCAGCGCAAGCGGGAUUUCUUCUGCGACUGCAGCAUCAUCGUGGAGGGCAGGAUCUUCAAAGCCCACAAGAACAUCCUGUUCGCCAACAGCGGCUACUUCCGAGCGCUGCUCAUCCACUACAUCCAGGACAGCGGCCGCCACAGCACGGCCUCGCUGGACAUCGUCACCUCCGAGGCUUUCUCCAUCAUCCUGGAUUUCCUCUACUCGGGGAAGCUGGAUCUGUGCGGGGAGAACGUGAUCGAGGUGAUGUCCGCCGCCAGCUACCUGCAGAUGACCGACGUGGUCAACUUCUGCAAAACCUACAUCAGGUCCUCUUUGGAUAUCUGCAGGAAAAUCGAGAGGGAAGCGGCUUUUUACCAGGCUGACAGCGGCAGCUCGGCCAGGGAAGGCACCUCCAAGAGCUCAGCCCCCGUGUCCUCGCUGCAGGAGAAGGAGAGGGUCCCGGAGUGCCACCGGGAGCCUCCCUGUGGCGACUGCGGCGAGCUGGUGGCCCUGAGCAGCGACUCCCCCGACGGCUCCUCGCUGCCCAAGGGGGUGGAACCCAAGGUGGAGUUUGACCCCGACGAGGCGGAGGCGGAGGCGGAGGCGGGCGAGCGCCUCCCCGCGGUGCCGCUGGAGCAGAUGGAAGAGGGGCAGCCCGUGGAGCUGGCCUGCAAUAAUUACCACAUGAAGCAGUUCCUGGAGGCUCUGCUGCGGAACAGCUCGGCCCCGAGGAAGGAGGACGUGGUGCAUCACCUUGUCCGGGGAUUUGAGGGUAGGGCUGAGGAUGCAGGAGUAGCCAUGAGCUCCAUGAUGGACAUUCACAGCGACUGGUAUGGUGAGGACACAGGUGACGUGCUGGUGGUGCCCAUCAAGCUGCACAAGUGCCCCUUCUGCCCCUACACGGCCAAGCAGAAGGGGAUCCUGAAGAGACACAUCCGCUCGCACACCGGGGAGCGGCCGUACCCCUGCGACACCUGCGGCAAGCGCUUCACUCGCCAGGAGCACCUGCGGAGCCACGCCCUGAGCGUGCAUCGCUCCAACAAGCCCAUCAUCUGCAAGGGCUGCAGGAGAACCUUCACCAACAGCCUGUCCCAGGGGCUGAGGCGCUUCGGGCUCUGCGACAGCUGCACCUGUGUCACCACCACCCACGAGGACUCCAUGCCCAUCAACCUCAGCCUGGUGGAAACAGCCUCAGAAGGGCAGGAGAAAGGAGAGGCUGACAAUGAUUGGCCCAUCUAUGUGGAGUCUGGAGAGGAAAAUGAGCCAGCUGAGGAUGAGGAUGGUGAUGACAAGCAGGAAAUCCACCGGAGUUUGUCAGACAGAGAGACUUUGAUGUAGCAGUGAGAGCAGAGGGGGAGCACUGAGAGGUUCCCUGGCAGAAAACUGCACAUUUGCUCCAUCGGUGACACUGUGCUGGUUUUUAUUAUUCUGGUUUUUUUAAAUUAAAUUGCGAGGAGAAUUGGGAUUUUUAAUAUUUUUUAAGUUUUCAGUGCUGUGCACCAGAAAUCUGGGAAGAAUUUUCUGUCUGGGGCUCCCAGAGGUUGGACUUGAGCAGUUUCUCUGCUUCCUGGUUUUGGUUUUGCAGCUGGAACGGCCCUGGCUUGUUUUGGGGACAGGUUUCUUCAAAUAAUGAAUCAUGGUCCUAAAGCCCUGAUCUGAAAGGGACACCACCUUUUCUCUGACAUGACAUGAAAUGUGGUUUUCAACUCUUACCUUGGGAUUUUUCCAAGCUAAUCUGUGAUCCUUCUGUCUUAGGACAGUGUUGUCUAAAUUAUGAACCAUAAAUGUUUGCUGAGACUGGAUUUGACCUGGAAACCAGGGCAGAAAAACCAGGAUAACAACAACAACAAAAAUAAACCAACAAAAAUAUGCUGCUGCUGGAAGGAUAGACA